CUUUGAAAAUAAAAAAGGGAACAGAAAGAAUGAAGGUGCUUUUGUUCAUAUCUUAACAGCAGGGGAUCAUGAAACCGCAAAUGUUGGGUUGAUACAUAGACAUACACAAAAAACUGUUUGUGGCACUCCUUUUCCUUCCCUCUAACUCUCAGGGUUCCGAAAGAAUAUAGAUGGGUCUAGCUCUGGGAUGUCUUCAAGUGGAACAAUCUACGGUAGCUAUCAAAGAGGUUUUUGGCAAAUAUGAUGAUGUGCUUGAACCUGGUUUCCACUGUGUGCCCUGGUUCUUUGGCACUCAAAUAGCUGGUUACCUUUCUUUGCGUCUGCAACAACUGGAUGUUUGUUGCGAAACAAAAACAAAGGACAAUGUUUUCGUCACUGUUGUUGCGUCUAUUCAAUAUCGACCGCUGGCAGAGAAGGCAGUUGAUGCUUUUUACAAGCUUAGCAAUACCAGGGAACAGAUUCAGGCCUAUGUCUUUGACGUCAUUCGGGCAUGUGUUCCUAAGAUGGAUCUGGAUGCCUCAUUUGAGCAGAAGAAAGAAAUUGCAAGAGCUGUUGAGGAAGAACUUGAAAAGGCUAUGUCUGCUUACGGAUAUGAGAUAGUCCAGACUCUUAUUGUGGAUAUUGAACCAGACGAGCGUGUGAAGAGAGCCAUGAACGAGAUAAAUGCUGCUGCAAGAAUGAGGGUGGCUGCAAAUGAGAAAGCUGAAGCAGAGAAGAUUCUGCAGAUUAAAAAGGCUGAAGGAGAGGCAGAAUCAAAGUAUUUAGCAGGGCUUGGAAUAGCUCGGCAGCGUCAAGCCAUAGUAGAUGGUCUGAGGGACAGUGUGCUAGCCUUCUCAGAGAAUGUUCCUGGGACAUCAUCUAAGGAUGUAAUGGACAUGGUUUUGGUGACCCAAUACUUUGACACGUUGAAGGAGAUUGGUGCGUCCUCAAAAUCCAAUUCUGUUUUUGUUCCACACGGACCAGGUGCUGUAAGAGAUAUUGCUUCACAGUUUAGAGAUGGUCUUCUACAAGGAAGUAUGACUAGGUCAUGAAGCCACAAAUAUCACAUUACUAGAACCAUAGGAACCUUCUCUCUUCCAAACUCUAUCCAUAUAUACAUUUUAAUUUUGUCUAUGACUAUUGAGUCUGAACUAGUUCUCUACGUUUUAAUAAGCCUUUCCACAUCCACUGUAUCCAUGAUUUCUUUUGAGUUGUGAAUAGUCGAACAUUGUACUGUGCUUUUUCCCUUUGAUACUAAAAUAAACUUGCUUAGCUUAUGGCUUGAGCUUUUGUAUGCCCCA